CAGGCCGCGGGGGCGGGGCCGUGCAGCAGGUGUGGAGUCCGCCGGGCCGGCUCCCAGUCGGUGAGGCGCGCCGUCCGUCCGUCCGUGUGUAUGUAGUAAGCCGUGGCCCACCCAGGCUCUGGGCUACCCGAUGACUGCCUGGGUCAUCCUCCCCGUCAGCCUGGCCGCCUUCUGCAUCGCCGGCAUCUGGAUCGUAUAUGCCAUGGCAGUUAUGAAUCACCAUGUUUGUCCUGUGGAAAACUGGUUGUACAAUGAGACUUGCUCUGGGGAAACUUCAAAGCGCGGCUACCCUAAAAGUUGCUGCACUAUUCAGGAUAUUCCACUCGUCAGUAAAUGUGGUUCAUAUCCUCCUGAAAGCUGCCUCUUCAGUUUAAUUGGCAACGUGGGUGCUUUUAUGGUGAUCUUGAUCUGUGGUCUACGCUAUGGUCAGAUUUUGGAGAAGUGCCGACCAACGUGGAUCAACUCUGGAGCUCUGAUCGCUGGUUGCAUCAACGCAAUUGGUCUUGUGAUGGUCGGCAAUUUCCAAGUUGACCAUGUUAAAAGCCUACAUUAUAUCGGUGCUGGGGUGGCCUUUCCAGCAGGCAUGGUCUUUGUCUGCCUUCAGUGCAUUCUGACGUAUAAAGUGGCAGUGUCGCUUCUAGAUCACUGGACAGGCCACAUCAGGGUUAUUCUCACCAUACUGGCCUUAAUAUCUCUCGUUCUCAGCGGUAUAUUUUUUAUUCACGAGAGUUCCCUGCUCCAACACGCUGCUGCUGUAUGUGAGUGGAUUUUUACUGUUGAUGUCUUGGUUUUCUACGGCACCUUCUCCCUUGAGUUCGGCUCAAUCACCAAAGAAACGGUUCUGGCCAUUCUGAGUAGUGGACGCAGCAAGACCUCUAAAUCCCCGGGCAGCAACGCCUCUGCACACCUGAAUAAUAUCCCAGAGAGCAUCGCUAUGAUUUAACUGCUCUGGUCCUGGGGGUUAUGGUGAUUGUGAAAGCCAGGGCACACUGGAGGACUGGUUCUACUCUUGUCAUCGGUAAUCGAGCUGAGACCCUCUGACACUGUUUUUGCAACAAUUUUGUAUUUUGGUGCAAGUCUGUGAUUUUAUUUAAUACGAGGAGGUGGACAGUGGAACAGCCUCUUCAAAUCGGCACUGUCACAUUGUUGGACAGCUAACUAUUCAUCAAGCUAAACUAAACGGGUCACUCAUUUCACAAAAACAGCAGCCUUGGAAUAAUGGCGAGUGUGACGAAUGAUUGGGACAAGAUGAGGAAUAGCAUCACCAGUCUCGUCACUUAUUUUUAUGGUGUCUAUUCCAUUCUAAUAGAAUAAGGAUCCUGCUCCGUUUCAUGAGGAAAUGGUGGAUGAGGUACUGAUUUGAAACUAGUCCCAAGUGAGGGGAUGCUAUGUGCCAUUGUAGAGUUGAUACACUUGUCACAUCAUGCUGAUGGGUUUGAACUCAUCUCUUCUGGAUUCAAGCCCAGAUGCCUUUUCUGCCUCAAGAUUCUCAGUUAAUAAUUUCAGUAAAUAAGUGAUCCUUAAAGUUAAGAUGAGUACUUUUGGAUGUACAUUUUAUAGAUUCACUCAGGCCAUUUCAGUUUCUGUGUCUCUGUUUCUUUGUGAUGUGACUUCUUUUUAUUGCUCUUAACAUGGAAAGCAGAUAGUAUGGUUCAAAGUAUGUGAGCCUGUGCAACAUAGGAUUGGCCUUUAUCACUAAUGUACCAUGUGAUUCUUUAAACAAAGUAACUGUGAAUGGGGCUUUGUCAAACUUUAAACUUGUAAGCAGGUUCUUGGAUGUGAAAUGGGUGGAGAAGUCGCCUCAGUGCAAGGCUGGUACUGAUCACACCCAUACACAAUAUAGGGCAAUACACUCCAUCCCAAAACGAAACACGUGGGCAGAGCCUGCGUCAGGCCUCUUCCCUGCAAUAGGUUUGUGUAUCUAUAUCGUUCGACUCUCACUCUUCAGGGACACCAUGAAGUCAAAGCUUCGGCGAACAUUCUGCUCCCUGCCAUUCAUCAAGGAAUGGAACAAUGCAGUUUGGAAUAUGGUCCUCUUUUGCUUCUCUAGGGUUAGUUAAUUUUGUAGAAAGGUGAAAGGGAGAGAAAUUUGGCUUUGGGCUUGGCAUGAAACAGACAAGACAAACUGGGAGCUCGAUAGUGGAGAGGUUAACAAUGUAAUACUAGGUGGACAGUAAACGUUGGCCGGCGAGCGGAUCUGGUUAAUUUGCUCAUGUCUAUGUCCCUAUUCCAGACAAAUUAUAACCGAUGAUACACAAAGGCUCUAAAUCAGUCGUCUGGUUGGUGUCUAUUCCAUUCUAAUAGAAUAAGGAUCCUGCUCCGGUUUACGAGGAAAUGGUGGAUGAGGUACUGGUUUGAAACUAGUCCCAAGUGAGGGGAUGCUAUGUGCCAUUGUAGAGUUGAUACACUUGUCACAUCAUGCUGAUGGGUUUGAACUCAUCACUUCUGGAUUCAAGCCCAGAUGCCUUUCUGCCUAAAGAUUCUCAGUCAAUAAUUUAGCUGGCCUGAAUCCUGUUGCUUAGGAAUAGUUCCACUGUACAAAAUCGCCCUCAUGAUGACACUAGUAAAACUUCUCUAAAAUCCACUUGGAGCCGAUGAAAUGGGAGCGUGGUUCACGCUGCGUAAGAGAUAUCACCAGUUGGGGAAGGGCGGUGCGGAGAAUACAAAUCUCCAGACACAGCAGAACUUGACUUUGUGGCAUAGAUUUUGGAAAAAUGAACGCCCUGGUCACAGUCAAGGUAUAAAGCCAGUCCACAUCCGACGUGUAGCUCUAAUAGCAACAGAUUAAUGUUGGGCUUUUAUCCAUGUCAAUGAAAUAUUUGUGUCUGUUUUAUUGUUCAGUCAGUUACACGCUGUUCUGCACACUGGGAGGGUUUUCUUGAAGUUUAUUUACUGGGUUCACAGUAAACAGAGAAUCUCCAGAUCUCUAGAAGGCAGAUCAUGAAAUAUUUUUAGCUGCUUAAUGAAAUAAAGCAGGAAUUAUUCAACCCUCUCACCAAAGGCGCUGUGUGACUUUACAGUGGCUAUGUUGUAAACAUUGUACACCAGCGUUGACUAAUUUCAGCAAACUCCCUUCACCCUUUCAGUGGGUCUUCCGACUAAACAGUAAGGUCAUUGACUGCCUGGUGCUGUCUUGCUGGAUAUUUAAUAGAAGAUGGAUCUGUGUAUGAAAAAUAAGAAACUCAGGGAAAAAAGACAUAAUUGAACGGUACAUGGAUUGAGGAAGGCACAAAGUGCUGGAGUAACUCAGUAGCUCUGAAGAACAUUAGAUAGGAUGUGACUUACACAGUUACUCCAGCACUCUGUGUCAUCGUUUGUAAACCAGCAUCUGCAGUUCCUUGUAUCUGCUGGGAUGUGGAUUGAGUUUGUCAAGUGAAGUUGGAGCCUUGAUAAGCCAUUAUAUUAUUUUGCUGACACAGCCAUACACUUCCAUUAUUGCUGAAAUAUCCAUUUUGAAACUUUAACUUUGUUGGAGGUUUGAUGUUUCUUAUUGUUGUGGCCUCUAACAAUUAUGUUGCAACAGGAAAGACAGAACCAAUGCUUUCCAUGAAUAUGUUUGUUAUCUAACAAGAGAAUGCUUGCAUUCAUGCACAACAGAGUAUCUCAACAAGGGAGAAAUAUCUGAAGUAUUAAUUAUUUAAUGAAAUCCGAACCAAAUCCAGCUGUCUGCCCUUUUGUAAAUUAUUUGUCUGUUGGAGCUAAUUGUUCUUCCUCUCAUUUCCCCUCCAUUUGACAAACACUGUCUUGUUAUGAUGUGUUUCACCCCAGUGACUUACUCCUCAUGCAAGGCUGUAUGACGCAAGGAAGCAGGUUUGCGGAGAGGUCUAGGGGACAGUCCAGUCACAAGCCCACUCCAUAACAGGAACCAGAGAAGCGGGGCAGUGCCUAUAGAGACACAGCCAUCUAAGGGUAGAGGACUAGUAAUCUAGAGGCCUGGACUAAUGAUCUGGAGUGCAACAACAAAUCCUGCCAUGAUAGCUAGUGAGUCCUAAUAAUGUUUACCAGGUAAAUAUAUCAACUUCUGGAUUAUUGUUAAAAAUCUAUUUGGUGGUUGGUGACCAUCAAGGACCAUCUGUUGUACUUAGUUUGGUCUUUAUGGAAUUCUAUAUCCAUAACAAUGGAAGUGAUUUAUUUUUAUUUUUUUAAUGGCCCUGCAGUCUUCACAGUUCAAGAGCAAUUAUGUUAGGACAAACUUUGUCCUUGUUAGUAAUGUCUGAAUUCCAUGAAUUUAAAAAAAAUCACCAGCUAACAUUAACUGAAAACAGAACUGGCAUAUUCAGUCUCUGUGGUUUCAUUUAUUUACAAGGAUGUUGGGGGCAAAAGUUGUAGUGGACUAAUAGGUUUUACGAAGUAUAUUUUAAAUAAUGAAUAUGAAACUCAAAUUGGUUCAAGUAGCUGCAAGUUUAUUUAGCUGCAGGACAGCAACAUAAAAUAAAGGAGUGAAGUUACUGACUAGAAAUAUAAAUGUAAUCAGUUACUGGAUGAAUUUGCUUUAAACAGCUGCCUGGCCAAUUUUUGUUCAAGAAUUAUUAAGUAAAAUUGAUUUAACAUAAACAUAAGAACUGAAAUGUUCUGACUGCUUCAAAGCCUUCUGUGCACCAGUCAUCACCAACCUUCGAUAUGCAAACAGCUAAGAAUUAUGUGUACCUUGGCUUUUUGUGUUUUCUAAUUUAUUAUAAAUGGGGAGAUAUGUCUCCUGUCAGAUUUUUAAUGAAUAUUUUUAUGUCUGUGUGUCAUUGUGCUUAAAGAAGAUUUGUAUUUGUAUUGCGAUUUGCACUACCGGUAAUAUUCUUGCAAAGAGCCACAAAUUUAAAUUAUGUAUCAGGAAGUUUUAAUUUUUUUUAAAUAAAUGUAUUUUCAAAUGUU